CUGGUUGGCACUCCCCAAUGUAAGUUGUGUCGCUUUGCGCGCAACUGUGUGAAAAAUAUACCACGUUUCCUUUUCACUAAUGAUACAGGAGUUAGCUUUCCCUCUUGAACAUGUACCGCCCAGGUAAAACACCACAAGGACCGCCGCCGUUUGGACCUCCACCACCCCAUGGCCCUCAUUUCAGACUCCGAGGGCCUUGUAGUGGUCCUCCCCCUGGACACUUGCCAUCUGGACCUCCGGAUAGCCAUUUUUUCCACAACAGGCCACCAAGAGGGCAUUUCAUCAGCCCCCACUGUAGCAACUUCUCCAUAGACCGUAGUACAAUCAUUGGUUUGGGAGGCAGCCAGCAGAUCGUCCCUCCUGCACAACCACCGCACAUUCAGGUCCCACAGUGGAAUCCCACUCCUGUGCAACAUCAUUCUCCUGACAGUAGUGACCGAGCUGGUGAGGAAUUCCUGAGAUGCAUUGCAGCCAACAAGCCUCUCCCAGACUAUCUCAAAGGGAACAUGGCAUACAACCUGGCUGACGCUUUUAAGUCAGCUAAUGUCCUGAAAGAAGCAGUCAAGUCAGACCCUGAGUUCCACAAGCAUGUGACCAGGAGCGAAAGCCGUAGUCAAAGCCGUGGGAAAUCUCGAGCCAAGAGCCGAGCGAGGAGCAAAAGCCGAGCGAGAAGCAAAAGCCGAGCGAGAAGCAAAAGCCAAGCACCCAGCAAAAGCAGAGCGAGAAGCAAAAGCAGAGCAAGAAGCAGAAGCAGGGCUCGCAGUAGGAGCCGAAGCAAGAAAAAUCAUGUACGGAGCAAGAGCCGGAUCAGGAGCUCCACGUCACGAAGCAGCAGUAGUGAAAAGAGCUAUGUUAAAGACAAAAAGAGAAAGAUGAGCCACAACUCCACCAGCAGUGUUGGCAGCAGUAAAUAUCUGAUAGGGAAUAGUCUGCUAGAAGGACUAAAGCUGGUCAUGAACAGCAAAGAACUGGAAGAGCGGUUGCCCACCCUCAAAGAUGCCAUCCUCACUAUUAAGGCCUCAGACUACAGCAAAAAAAAGGAGGAUGUACCUGAUGAGCACAGACAUCAGCAACAACAUGACCCUAAUGAGAAUUCAACAUUGCUAGAAAAUGACAGUGUACUCCUUCCCCAUGACAGAGUAGGCAGUGACUUCUCUUGGCUCCAGGCGCAAAGUAAGGAGGACCCAGCAGUCCUGAAAGCCGAUGAGCUUGAAGAUGAAGACUCAUUCUUGUAUGGAAAUGAAGAUACUGGAAGAAAACAAGCCAAUAAAACCUCUACUUCACUACUUACAGCAUUUUCCCAGAUUGGAGAACAUGCCAAACUACAGGAAAUGGAUAGUUCAGCCAGUCACCAACAUCAUCAAAACAAGUCCAUAUUUAGUAACUUUGGGGAUUUGCUUGACCUGAAGCAACCCCUUCAAAUAACUUCCUCGAGCGUAGCCUCUGGCAAUCUGGACAGCAGUGAGGGUGAGAAGAUCAAGAACAUAUUAAAAAGUCUGGGCACAACAGACAUUAGCGAGUUUAUGAUUAAGAUGCAAAGCCAAAAGGAGGGGAUGCAGCUUGCUCUUGCAUGUUCAAGUUCAGAGCGAACAGCAGCAAGCCUAGCACUGAGUAACCCGAAUGUACGUCAUGCUCUGGAGUCUUUACAGUUGCUGAUAAAAGCAACAAAAGAGAAGCGGGAAAAAAGUGAUGGCAGUGGCACAUCUCAGACAUUGUCUGAUAAACACAAGGCAGGUGAUGAUGAGGAAAGGAAGAAAGAGAAACUAGCCAGAACGAAAAAAAUGGAAUCAUUGAUGAAAGAACUGGAAGGAUUGUUGAAACAGGAUGGAUUAAGUUUUCUGACACCAGUAAUCGGGUUUUACUGCCAGAAAUGUGAGGAGUUCAUUGGAGAUUUGAAUAGUGCUGAAAACCAUGCAGCCAUCCACCGCCACGGCUACUCUAGCAGUCAGAAAAUGCAGGUGGACAAUCAUUCUGGAGACAACAAGGGACACUCACGGCAUGUUAGCAACAGCACUCAACAGCCACAUACCUCAGACAGGAGAGAUCCCAGGGACUACAGUUAUGCUAGAGAUUCCGGGGAAUCACAGCGGAAUCACAGAGACUACCAACGAGACUUGAGGCAUGAAAAAGAUCACAGAAGCAAACUCAAAGAAGACUGCAGAAGCCACAGGACGGGGCAGGACAACAUCUCCUUGAAAGAGGAGAUGAGGAAGGAGAGGAUGCUCAUAACAGUGUCCCGUGGACUGACACCUCAGAACCUUAAGGUAAACGAGGAGGUGAACAAGGAGCUGACAAUUGGAAGCCACAGCAAAGUCAAAGUGGAAAACACAGACCGCAAGGACAAAUCAUCCAGGGGCAGCAGAGAAAAAGAUGGCAAAGAAAAAGAUGAAAGUAGUGAUAGCGACGCCAAAGAAAAAACGCUGAAAGCAAAAUCAUCUAAAAAGAAGAAGAAGAAAAAGAAGGAGAAAAAGAAGAAGGAUAAGUCGUAAUUGUUGCAUUAUGUCUGUCACUUUCCAUAUUCAUACUAGACGUAUCCCUGGGAUGGGGUUGGCAGCUUCUGGCUGCAUAAAGUUUCUAAACUUAAAGAUCCAAGUAAUAAGUUAUCAUUACCCAUUGUUUUUUUCUUUUUCUCUUUCCCCUUAGUCAUUUUUUUUUUUUAUUGGUUUGUUCAGAAGAAGGGGGAAGGCCUCAAUGAGUGAUUCAUCAUUGUGCUUAAAGGAACAUACUGACAUGUUAGGAAGUCAGGUGGUUUGCCGUAAGCCAAAAAAUUCAAAAGGGAAGAUUAAUAUAAAUUAAUUUUUUUUGCAUCCAGUACAAAGACAUGUCCUACCUAAAGUUAGAACAAAAGGCAUCCUUGACUGAUGUAUAAUUAAUGCACAGAAAUUAAAUGAUAUUUUUUGGGCUGUGCAUUUCUUUUGCUAAGUGGCUUCCAACAAUUUUUUAGGUUUAUAUGGCAUGCCGUAAGUAAGCCCUCACAUCCUGGUUUUGUGUUUUACUCAGUGUUUUAAUUAUUUUUUUAAAUUCACCUUUCUCAAUACUAUUACUACUGUGUACAUAUUUUUCAACGACUAACAGCAUUGUAGUGUUAGAAAUGGGAUGUGUACUUUUUUUUUGCAGCUGAGUUUCCAUUUUCUUUUUGUCUGUGUUUUUAUUCAAAAUACAAGAUGAUCCUGUGGUGACUUUUUAAAUAAAGAAUGUGUACAAUUUAAAGAGUUAAA